AUGGCUAGUGAGGUCCCAAAAUCACACCACCCGUAUCACAGUUCCAGGUUGGUCAGUGGAUCGUGUGACCCUGAGCUACCCCCGAUCAUUGAUGGCAAGCUAGAACUUGCUGUCUUCACCCAUCCAGCUCUUAGCAACAAUAACAACACGACCUACGACCGACUCGAGAUUCUAGGCGAUGCAUACAUCGAGCUGAUUGCAACCAAACUUGUCUGGGAGAGAUUUCCAGAUUUGCCAGCAGGUCGAAUAUCACAGAUUCGGGAGAUCCUCGUUAAGAAUGAGACACUUUCAGGCUUCGCAGAAAAGUUUGGGUUGGACCGCAGGGUUUCUGUGCCACCGAAUUACAAUACCCCGUCAAAGCGAUGGACCAAAACAAAGGGCGAUGUCUUCGAAGCCUACGUCGCGGCAGUCAUACUUUCGGAUCCUGUUUGUGGCUAUGAAGCAGCCGAGCAUUGGCUAACAGGUUUAUGGGUGCCAAUUCUCAAUAAACUAGGUCACCAGAAAGGUGAACUACGCUCUAAGGAGGCUCUUGCUAAGAAAAUUAUGGGGAGAAAUGUUAAGCUUGAAUACCUCGAGCAGCGCCCAUCGAUUCAGCAGAAGGGUGGCACUCAGACUUUCUUUGUCGCGUUAUAUCUCACAGGGUGGGGAUGGGAUAAAAGGUUCCUGGGUUCCGGUCAGGGUUUGAGUAAAGCAGCUGCAGGUGACGAAGCAGCGAAAAAGGCAUUGCUGAAUACGUCCCUAAUUCUUGAGAUCGUGUCAGCAAAGGAAAAAUGGGAAUCUAGCUCUUAA